AAACACAUGUUGAGACAUGUUUUGCAAUCGAAUAGUUACAAAAGCAAUACAUUGGUCACUCGUAUUUAUUUCAUAACAUUUCGUCGAAAAGAAUUCGUAUUUGUUAUUUAUUAUUUCUGAUUUGGCUUCCAAAUUUUCAGUUGCUCAAAAAUGUCUUCACCAUGGGGAAAAAUAAAAUCAGUGGAAACUGUUGACUUCAGUGAAAUCAUGUCUGAAGAAUUUGCCCGUGAUCUUCAUGAACGGGAUAAAAAUCAGAUAUCAGAAAGGAGGCUUUCGGAAAGUUUCAGAAUCAACAAUGCAAACGAUACAGUGGCCGGAUGUUCGAGGAGCUAUAACUCAAGCGCGGUAGGAAGUGGUUCUGAGGUCGACGAAAGUUUCAUUACAGCAUGUGGGAGUGCAGAGGCAACGAUUCCCGAAGAUGUGCUACGCGCAAUCGAGGAAGCAGAUAACAAGCAAGUAGAGUCAGACGCGGAAAUUGCCAAGCUCCUACAAGCCCAAUUUGAUUACGAAUAUGACGGUGAAUUAAAGCGAGAAGAAGACCAUCGAAAUAAAAAUUCCCGAGUUAAAAUUUCUUUGAAGAACUACAGAAUGAUACCGGAAGGUCUGCUGUAUGAUGAGGCGGAGGAAAAACCCCUCGACGCGAAAACUGAUUGGGAUAGAUUCGAGACCAAUGAGAAAGAGUUGAAAGGAAUCCCUCGGACGGGAUACAAAGUCAACAAGCAAGGCGAAAUGGUUACAAAGCACAAUUCGGACAUUUCUGGAAGAAAAAACGCAUGCAAAGUAAUGUCCUUCCCGCCGGAGUUCUCCACCGGAGAUGGAGCAGGAUUUGAUAUGAAACUUUCCAACACUGUGUUCAAUCAGCUAAAGACCCACUCGAAAAAAUCGAACAAGAAGCAUAACAAAGCACAUGACCGGAAGGAGAAUAUUGCUACCGCUGAAAUGGGUCUGGAUGAACCGACUCGAUUGAUUUUGUAUAAGUGGAUUAACAAUCAACUUUUGGACUCGAUCGACGGAAUUAUUUCCACUGGAAAAGAAGCAGUCAUUCUGCACGGACAAACCGACCCAACAAAUCCAAAUUUGAAGGAAGGCGAAGUUUAUCCAACGGAGAUUGCAAUUAAAAUUUUCAGCACGACGUUGAAUCAAUUCAAGCAAAGGGACCGAUACAUCAAGGAUGACUUCCGCUUUGCUGGCAGAUUUUCGAAACAAAACGCAAAAACUGUCAUCAAUAUGUGGGCCGAGAAGGAAUUACACAAUCUAAAUCGCAUGAAGAAAUACGGCAUCCUUUGCCCGGAGAUCGUUACGCUAAAAAAUAACAUUCUGGUGAUGUCAUUCAUUGGAGAGAACUCGAUUCCAGCUCCUAAGCUCAAGGAAGCUGACCUAAAUGAGGCACAAUUGAUUUGUGCAUAUGAAGAAAUCGUUGAAAUUAUGCACAAACUGUACAAUGAAGCCCGCUUAGUGCAUGCGGAUUUCUCCGAAUACAAUAUUCUGUGGUUUAAUGAACAAUGUUGGAUAAUCGAUGUGGCCCAAUCCGUUGAGCCUGGUCACCCAGGAGCGCUAGAAUUUUUGAUGCGAGAUUGUGACAACAUUAGUACUUUUUUCAGCAAGAAAGGAGUCACUGGGGUGAAAAGCAAAGAGGAUCUAUUUUUCCACAUAACUGGGCUGGAUCCUUUGACCCACAACGCGACCAUUUUGGAACGAAUCCACAUGAAAGGACAGCCGGCCCACAUUGUUGCAGCCGUCGACGACAACACCCCGGACCACUUCAAACCCGUGGAAUAUCCGUUUGAUUAUGCAUGGAAAAAAGUGGAACAGUACAAGAAAAGCAAAAAAGGUCACCAGGAGAUCGGAAACAAAUGUAAAACGGACGCAGUGAAGAUUCCCGGGGGAACAGUUUUACCGGAGGAAAAUAUUGCCGCUUGAGCCAAAAUAGACCUCAGUCAAUCCAUUUCAAUUUCCCUCAAUGAGAUCGAGGACAGUAAAUAAAUACAAAGAAUUGGAAA